CGCUGUGAAACGAGCACUGUCUUUAAUGAUUGAAGCUAUUUGUUGACGGUCUAUGUUUUAGAAAAUGUGAUAAAACUUCAAUUUGAUCGUGUUUUUCAGAGGAAAGUGAAAGAAUUGUGGCGAUGAAGUUAAUUAUCUUGAUGACCCUUGCCAUGACGGGGCAGGCCAUCUCCCCCAGCUCACACCUCACCCAGGCAGACAGGAACAGACUUAAGGCAGUCUUUCUUCAGAACAGCAACCCUGCCUCUGAUAUAACCAGCGUGUAUUAUUCUGUCCUUGGUCUGAAGCUGCUUGGCGAAGCUGCUCCCAACAAGGGAGAGCUGUGUUCUGCUGCUGCUAAGCUGGCUGAUGACAGCUCUGUAGAGAACCUUCAAGCCGCCAGCGGAACUGGUGCUGCUCUUGGCUGCCCGAUCAAGUUUGGAGCCAAGGCCAGUGAGGUGCUAAAAACAAGUUUGGGCGAGGGAAGCACCACCGCUACAAUCUACUUCGCCAGCAAGGCGUUGACUAGCGCCGGAGGAAAGCUGGAGAAGGGAGUUGCUAAGGCGCUGACCGACGCGCUCAAGAAAGAUGAUUCUCUGCUCAGCUUGGGACUUGCUUUUCACGUCGCUGCCCUUCUAGAGGGGGACCAGAGCGCUGUGUUUGACCGUAUCGAAGACGCUGUAGUCCAGGCUGACGAAGUUGACGGCAACCUUCUACAGUUUGAGGGAGGUCUAUCUGUCACCAGUAUUGUGCUGACCGGUGCCGCAAACCUUGCCGCCAAAACCAAGAAAGCUUUGCCACUGACCGGGGAUCAGGCAGUGAAAUUUGCUAACUAUCUUCUCUCUAGGAAAUCCGUUCAACAACCCAAGGGUGGUCUCCAUCUACUGGAGGGUAUUGAGAGUAUGGUUGGAUCAGCUCAGUUUACUCCUCUCUCAAUCUCCCUGGCGAGCUCUAUAUCUGUCAACUCGGAGGAACCAAAUCUUAUUCUAUCAGUAACUGAUCUCAAGGGCGGAGAUGUCGGAGAUCUGAAGGUUACCCUUGACUCCGCUACCUGGGCCCAGGACGACUCCAUCCUUGCCUCCGCCAAGGAGUUGAAGAAGGUUGGAGCCGGAUACCAGCUGGAUUUUAUGUCUCUCAAACCAGUUUCCGGUUUCUACGAGCUCACCGUAUCCGCUGUUCCGGCCAAGGGUUCCGGUAAGUUCGUCGGGAAUACUGGAGUCAAGAUUGCGGUCAAGGUUCUCACCAAGAUCAGUGUACAAAAUGCGGAGAUUAAGAUAACUGACGGAGACCAGUCUACAGCAGGCCGGUCAUUUAAAGCUGUUUACCCCAACAAGGAGGGUAAGAAGGUGAGUGUUGACUACAAGGAGAAACUACAGUUUAGCUUCAACAUCGUCAACUCAGAGAACAAGAAGAUAACCGUCCAUCAAGCCUUCGUCAAGAUCUCAAGUGCCAGCUCCGCCGCUGAAAUAGUUUACGUGGCGGAGGCGGACUCCAGCAAGGUUUACAAGUUUGAACUGGAUCUUGGGGCGGAAAAUUCCGAGUUUAAAACCGGAGACUACAAUCUGGCUCUCAUCCUUGGUGAUGCUGCUGUAAGUAACCCUAUAUCCUGGAAUAUUGCUGAUCUGGAGUUUACUCUACCAGAGUCCGGAGACACGGAGGAGUCAGGACCUUACCAAACCAAACCAGAGAUUAAGCAUCUGUUCAGAGAACCUGAGACCCGACCUCCACCUGCUGUAUCCUCCAUGUUUACCCUCCUCUGCCUCUCCCCUGUCCUCAUCCUCCUCGGUCUGUGGUUCAAGCUCGGAGUAAACAUAGGAAACUUUCCAUUCUCCAUUGCUAGUCUUGGAUUCCACACUGGCCUGGGGUCCAUAUUCCUCCUGUAUGUCUACUUCUGGAUGGAACUAGAUAUGUUCCAGACUGCUAGAUAUUUAGCUAUCCUGGCCAUUCCUACAUUCCUCUGUGGGAACUCACUCCUCGCAGCCAUCGCCAAGAAAACCAAGUAGAUCCAGAGAAUAUUAAACCUUUAACCAUCCUGAUAUGAAAAGUCCUCUUGAUUUCCCCCAACUCGUUUUCAGUCGUGUAAAAUACAGGAUUAAAUCAAAUCAGAUUGGAAUGUUUCCAACACCUUUAUUUAACAUUUAUUCCAAUGUGAUUUGGUGAAACCUAAAUGGGAUCUCAAACUUAAGUCAAUUCUUUAUUUUUAUAAAAUCCUGUAUCCUGUAUUCUAGAACAUGCAAAUGCAAAUCUGAAAAUUUGCCGGAAUGGGGCCUGAAAAUCAAAAACUUGUUUAUUUAAACCUAUAUCCAACAUACCCUAUCCUCCCCAUAUUUACUUUUAAAGUAAACCUGGUCGGAAAAGGUUUAAAACAAAAUAUCACAAAUCUCUAGAUGAUGAAGUUUUUAAUAUAAAAUUCUGUAUUAAUGAAAAUUUGUUUAUCUGAUCAUGAAGUUUCUUUUAAUCUUUUUGCAUUCACAAUUAAUGAACACCCACACCAGUGACCAUUCAUCAAUUUACCCACACCCUACCCUUAUAAAAUUGCUCCUCUAACACCCCUCUCCUCACCCACACUUGAUGUAAACAAUAAUGUCAUGUUAACUUAGUUAUUUGUUAUUUUUAGAGUUUGUGUGUGUCUACAGUUUGCAUUUUUUGUGUGAUUAGAAAAUAGCUCCCGCUGCCACAGGAGCAAAAUUUUUUGCAAUCUUUGAUUGAAAUACAGAACGAUUUUUA